AUGGCGCUUGAUCCCGGAUCUGGCGCCAUUGCCGGCUCGCCUGAAAGCUCCGGCCGAGACUCCCCCAUACCACGUCAGUGGAGGAAUCAACUUGGAGAAGAAGAAGCUCCAAUAAAGGAUAAAGCCUACCGACGAUAUGCUUCUGGUGUUGAGAAGACACUUGCGCUCUUUGAAACUGCUCUUGAGGAAUGGGCAGACUAUAUUUCCUUCCUGAACAAGCUGCUCAAGGCCUUGCAAGCGCGUCCGCCGUCGGUCCAUUCCGUACCGACCAAAGCUCUCAUCGCUAAACGACUAUCGCAAUGUCUCAACCCAGCUCUGCCGUCCGGCGUCCACCAGAAGGCUCUUGAGUUGUAUAGCUACAUCUUUACCACGAUUGGCACCGAUGGAUUAUCUAGAGACCUGCCACUUUAUCUUCCGGGCCUCGCCCCUACUUUAUCAUUCGCCUCGCUCUCCGUUCGGUCGCCCUAUCUUGACAUUCUGGAAACCCACUUCCUGGACCUCGACCCGAGAUCGCUGCGGCCGGCCAUGAAAUCCAUUAUACUUGCCUUGCUUCCGGGAUUAGAAGACGAAACUAGUGAAGACUUUGACAGAACUUUGAACCUGGUGGCACGGUUCAAGGAGGCCAUUCGUCCCCGAGAGAGUCAAGUACUCGGAGACCACCAUGCAUCUGGAGAUGACUUCUUUUGGCAAUGUUUUUUCCUGGCUACCAUAACCAGCCAUAGCCGAAGAUCAGGAGCUUUAGCUUAUCUUGUGCGCUAUCUCCCUAGCCUCGGGGCUUCCACAUCGUCUGAGCCUGGAGAAGGCGACAUUACAACAAAAUUGCACGCCAUUGUUACAUCCCCCGAACCUGGUCUGCUAGUCCGAUGCUUCGCAAGUGGCUUGGGUGACGAACAGCUGCUCAUUCAACGUGGCUUUCUCGACCUUCUCGUCUCGCAUUUGCCCUUAAAUUCGAACGUUCUUCAAUCCAGAGUAAAGCCUGCAGAUCUAGAGCUGCUGGUGAGAGCGGCGGUUGGAGUAGUUACUAGGCGAGAUAUGAGUUUGAAUCGUCGCUUGUGGGCAUGGCUACUUGGCCCGGAACCGACCGUUCAUGAUGGCGAUCAUAAUGAACAGAACCAAGCAUACAUGUCUUCAAGAACCAACUACUUCGAAGACUAUGGCCUUCAACCCCUCACAAAGGCGCUUCUCCGAAUGAUCCGAGGCGCCUCGCGCGGCAGCAGCGCGGAACGAGCCCGGCCCUAUAGGAUCUGUCUUUCACUUAUGGACAGAUGGGAAAUUGGUGGGCUCGUCGUGCCCGAAGUCUUCAUGCCAGUUGUUGAUAGUGUCCGGAAGUUUCAAGCCCAGGCCGCUAGCAAGUCCGAUUUCGUCGAAGUCCUCCGCAGUGCUAGUGUUUUCUUCGACGGUAUCGAAAGCGGCUUAAUUUACAGCGAAAUAGUAGGCCUGCUAGCAUUGGCUAUUGGUCCAGGGAACCUGACAGCAACCGAUCGUAUGGAUAAGCUUGCCUUGGUCAACUUUAUUGUGUCCAACUUCAACGUUCGCGAGGAGGAAAUGGUGACAAUCCACGCGCCGCUUACGUGCCUGGCUGCAUUGUUCAUGUUGGAAGACUCGAAAGAUCGCAAAGCAAAGACGACGCUAACAGAUCUCGAGUCUGAGAAGCUGUGUGAACAAGUCCUCGGCGUGGUCGUGUCAUUGCUAGAGCUUGUUCCGGAACGUGCAUUCCCUCAACAUCCCGAAGAGAAUGGCGACAAGAAGGACAUGUCGGCUUUGUUGUCCGUCCCCAACGUGGAGCUUUUGAAGAAGAUCAAGACAUUCUACGUGCAUGAACAAGGCAAUCUGGAGUCAUCACGACCUCCCUUUACUGCCGUUGAAUCAGGUGAAUUGCUUUUGGAGAAGGCAGUAAAGUAUAUUUGUGAUGACUCAAAGGAGUCACCGGUGGACGAUAUCGCAACUCGCGUUCGAAUUCUCAGCCUCAUUUUGUCUAAAACGCCCGCAACUUACCACUUUGACGCGAAGCAACUACUUUCAUACUUACAUGGCAAACUAGCCAAAGCACAGCCGAUGUUGUUUUCUCAUUUCUCUUCCAUGGUACAGUUGUCGACGCAGCUGCAUGCUGCGAAAAGAAUCGAUGACACGCAACUUUCCGACUUGGUAGGGCCACUAGUGCGUCACGCGUGGUCAUACCUGUCUGCCUCCGAGCCAAAGUAUCAUGUAGAAACUGUGCGGUGCUUAUGGCAGCUGCAGACGGCGCUUUCUUUGACGGGUCGCGAUGUCGAGGCUGCCAUCGCUGGGAUAUUGACCAAACCAUUGCCAGGUUCGCGGAAAUCAUGCUGCUCUGCUGAGAAUGGACAAACAUUUGGCGUCUUGUGGUCGCACACUCUCCAAGAUACGUCCGCUGAACGCAGAGGUUCCAAGAGCCAGGCACUGGAUCAGCGACAAGCACCGCGCUUGUCUGGCACUGACCAUUACCCCGUUAUGCUGACACAGCCCAUGUUUCUUGUCCUUGAUUCUCUUCUUGAUGACAGGACCCAAUCAUUCAUGGUUGUCAAAUCGUGGCUGAACAGCAUGAUUGGGAUUGACAGGCUCUUCCUCGUAUUUGCAAUAAAGUUGGCCCAGCUGCCAUUCCUACGUGUUGUUUCAACCCAUCGGGCUGGUGAGAAAGUUGACUCUCAACCCGCGACCUUCACGGAAGAUGACGACUUGGAUCUGUGUCUCUACUAUAUACGAACACUGCACAAUGUCCUCAAGAGCUCCGGUGACAUGUGUCGAGCCGUUCUGGCGUCUAAACAUGUUGCAUUUAGUGACGACACGGCACAUAUCAGGGCCGGAGCGGAGGAAGACGAGAUGACUCUUCAAGAGUUUUUCGUUCGUGUGUGUAUGAAUUGUGUGGUGGGUGAAUGUCCGUCCACUGCUAGUCCUGAGUUGGAGGAACGAGUAUCUCAACUGCAUCGAUAUGCAUUGACCAUACUCCAUCAGUUUUUCCUCAGUCGAUAUGCCGGGCCUCUGUCUCAUCUUGAACUGGAUCAUAUUCUCAUUGACAAACUGUCGAAAUCGAUCAAUACUCCCGACCCCUUCGUUCAAGUAUUACUGCUGGACGUGGUGUAUGAUACGCUGAAGCUUAGGGACAUGGCACUACAGGAGGCUCAGCCUGCUCAAGUUUCGGAGAAGCGGCCAACAAGCGCAGACAAUUCUAGAAUGGGCCGUUCGUCACUUUCACUAAGUGAGAGCAGACCAAUACCUCCGAUGCCAAUGCCCCCAGCUUUGCUCAAAUGCUUACAAGCUGGACUGAGCUCGCCGAAUAGCCAGUCGGUUCUUGAUAGCUGGGUAUCAUUCUUGGGCGAGAUUAUUGCACUCUACUCCCAUAGCAUAUUUCAGACUGUUAUACCCCUGGUUGAGACCUUGUGCAAGCAUAUUGGAUUAACGUUUGCGGGCCUCCGCGACACAUUCCUUUGCGAAACCAGUACAGCAAGGUCUACAGGAAACACACCAGAGUCAACUUUAAUCUACCUUCUCAAUGGAUUGGAACAAGUCUUGGCAUUGGCGCAUGAUCAAUUACUUGCUGAGGAGGCCCGAGCUCAGCUGGUGAAGGGUCCAGAGCAGCCAUCUUCGCUAUUCGGAAGCAUGGUAUCUGGCGUCUUCCAGUCAGAGGGGCCUCAGUCACGAAGUGCCACGGCCAACGACCGCUUAACGGUUCAUCUCGCUUUCCAGGAUGCAAUGCGUAUCUGUUACAUGAUAUGGUCAUGGGGCCAAGGUGACGAAUCCAAGAAACAGGAUGCCGUUUCCUCGGCAUCAUUUGGAUACACAUCUUUACGUAUGAGGAACCGAGCCCGCAGACUAAUGGAGCACCUCUUCACCGCCGAGAUUUUGGAAUGUUUAGAGACAAUUAUUGACAUCUGGCGAUCUUCGGAGAGCGAAACCGAGCAGAUCCAAGUCUUCAACUUUUUAUCAUCCCUUGACGCAUGUCGGCCAAGACACUCCAUCCCGGCGCUGUUCAACGCAAUCUACAGCCGGACGAAUCCCAAUGCUCUCGAUCCCUCCCGCAAGUCCACACUAACAAUUUCACUACAAGAUUCCGAUCUUGUUUGUUUCCUUGUCGAGUAUAGCAAGUCUUUAGAUGACGACGCCAUGGAUGAGAUCUGGCAAGAUUGCAUGAUUUUCCUCAAGGAUCUUCUCGGCAACCCGUUCCCGCACCGUCAAACAUUGCCAAGUCUGUUGGAGUUUGCAGGAAUUCUAGGCGAAAAGGUUGACAACACAAACUUUGGAGAGCAGAGGCGGAUGCGUCGAGAAUUGGGAGACAUUUUCUUGCGACUGCUGGCGGCUCUGUUCACAACUCGGCCGUUAACCUUUACGGAAUCUAGUAGCCUGACAAACACCCCAGAAAAGUCCAAGACGGGUGGCUCACGACGACAUGGAGCCUUGGGAGACGGACCUGAGGAUGUCGUGUCCGUAUUGGCAUCUGUUGUGCCAAAUCUGCCCAAGAUUCUACUUGAGCCUGACCGUGUGCUCUCAGCCGCCAGUACUAUUUCUACCAAUGUGGUCGGACCAACAUUGCGUUCCAAGUCCUUCCCGGACACCGUCAAUUCAAAUACUCUGAGGUUGUUCCAUGAGCUCUCGAAAUUGCAAAACAACCAGAAGACGUGGAAGAAGGAUGUUGGGGACGCAUUCAACGACAAUCGUUUCUUUGGAAUGAGUCAGACUCUUGUCAAGGAUGGAUGGCUUCCGUUGCUGAAGCAGUGGGUUCUUACGGACAAAGAGCGGAUGCCGGAAAUUGUUGCUCGCAUCAGUGCCCCGACUACGGCUGGCAUCGUAUUUGGCGUGGGCGCAACGUCGGCCAGACUGGAGGCGGACCGGAGGACGCAGCUCAACUUGCGACGAAUAGCGACGUUGGUGCUGGCCGCUGCAGAUGAUGCCUUUGUUGCAGAGCUCGCCACCAUUUUCGACAAACUGGUUGAACUACUGGCAGCAACAUCGACAUCGUCCCCAUCGUCGACUACUCGAGCCGACGUGUACAUGGUUAUCCGAGCACUAGUCUUGAAGACGAGCCCCAUCCAUCUCGCCAUGUGCUGGCCCGUUGUCAACGCGGAGAUGCACGCCGCCAUCUCAUCCGUCGUCGCGCCAGACCACAGCGCCGCAUCGGACAUGUAUCUCAACACAGGGAUUCUACAAGCAUGCAAAUUGCUGGACCUGCUCAUCUGCAUCGCCCCAGAUGACUUCCAACUCCACGAGUGGCUCUUCAUCACCGACACCAUUGAGGCGGUCUACCGCUCAUCUACGUACCAACCCAUUGCACUGGUGGACGAACUCUCGGAAGAACUCGGCAGCCUUGGUACACACUCGACAUUGCAAAGUGACAGCGAAGCCCAAGUCGCGGCAAGCGGGCCGAAUAGACGACCGCUCCUGGGACUAGGAGGCAUUAAUGAUGAUGUUGGUCUGGAGAGGAAAGAUGAGCUGGUGGCCAAGAUAUUACGCCCAUUCUUUGGACAGUUGAGCAUUUAUGCGUUUGAGUCUACGUAUGCCAUGGGAUCGCUGGAUAGCGAGGCGUGUAUUCAGGCGUUGUUGAAGGAUUUGUUUGACGAAAAGACCAUGGUGCGGGCGCUGUAG